AUGGAAAAUGGUGAAUCUGUUCGCCAACAUGCUUUCAAAAUGAUAGGUCUUUUUGAAAGCAUGAAACGUCUUGGAUUCCCUUAUAGCCAACAGUUGGCUACUGAUAUCAUUCUCCAUUCAUUGCCUGACAGCUUUAAUCAGUUUAGGAUGACUUUCAACAUGAAUGAGUCUGAAAAGACUAUGACUCAAUUGCAUGGGAUGCUUGUCAAUGCUGAAAGGAACAUUCCCAAAGAACCAAAGAAAGAGGUUUUGAUGGUUCAAAAGGGAAAGGGUUUCAAAAAGAAGGGGGCAGGCAAGAAAAACAAAGGCAAGCAAGUUGUCAAAGUUUCUGAAAAGCUUAAGCAGACCGCUAAACCAAAAGUUGUUGAAGCAAAUGUUUCUACUGUGAAAAGAUAG